AUGGAUAUUGAAGAAAAUGAAAAUAAAAUAAAAAAUUACAGUCCAGUAACAAAAAAUUUAUAUAUGAAAUUAAACAACCCUAUAGGGUUACAUGUUAAUUUAGAUAAUUCACUUCCAUCUAGUGAAAAAAAAAAAAUAAAUAAUAGACUAAGUUUUAGUAGCUUUUCAAACACAACGUGCAGUGAUAUAUUAAAAUUAAAUAACUUCUUGCGCAUAGAAAAUAAUAUAUUACUAUUAACUUUGAAUAAUUAUUCUUUUAAGUUUGGUUUAGUAAAUAAAUUCGAUUAUAAAUUACAAAGUUUAAGACUUCCUCAAAUCGAAAUCAUUGAACCAUGGAAAGAAAUAGGUUAUUUGUAUCCUCCAUAUAAAAAUUACGAUAUUUUAGAAGAAUCCAUUUAUUACUGUUUUAGUAAUAUAUAUAAAAUAAAUUUAAAAAAUAAAGACAUGUUUAUUCCUUUUUCUAGUAGAAAUAGUAUAAGCGAUUUUGCUACAAUUGGAGGUAUUUUAUUUGAAUCAUUUCAAGUUCAUAGUGUUGCAUUUAAAGAACCUUCCUUUGUAUCUUCCCUAAUAAUAUUGGAAGAAUUAAAAAAAGAAAAAGAAGGAAUUUUAUUUUAUAAAGAGGAUAAUAGAAAUAACGAAACAUUUAGCUCCAUAAACAGUGGGGCAAUCAAUAAAGAAGAAAAAAAUAUUAUAUGUAAUGAAAUGAAAAUAGAGCAAUCAAAUGAAAAAAAAGGGAUCAAAACUGAAAUCAAAAAGAACCUUCCCAAAGAAGAAUAUUCCAAUGAAUGUAUAUCUAAACUAAAAAGAUUAAAUCUCUUUAAUUUUACAGCUGUUAUUGUUAACAUUGGUAGCACUAAAACUUCUUGUACACCUAUAAUAAACGGAAUACCCUUACCCGAUCUAACUCACAUAUAUUAUAUAGGGGGAUAUGAUAUAGAUAACCAAAUAUUUGAUGAAAUGAAAAAGACGGAACUAUAUCAAAAAGAUUUAUCGAUGGAUAUAGCAAAAAUUGCAAAAGAAAAAAGAGUAUUUACUCCAAAAAAUAGAGAAGAAUGUGGAUAUUUAUCUCUACUCUACAAUAGAAAUCCCAAAAAUUAUUUAAUAAGCUCCUUUGAACUAAGUUUUAAUAAAAUAUUUGAGUCUGCUGUGAAUUCAACGGAAAUAUUUUUCUCUCAAUAUUCUUUAGAUAAUUAUUUAAAAACAGAAUCCUAUAAAAAUUUACAUAAAUAUGAUCUUAAUUUUAAUUUUCUUUUUAUGCAAAAUACAUUACCUAAAGUAAUUUAUAAUACAAUUCAAAAAUGUCCAAUAGAUUAUAGAAAGGAAUUGUUUAACAAUAUUUAUAUUACUGGUGGUUCUAGUAUCAUAAGAGGGUUCAGAGAAAGAUUAGAAAAUGAAUUAUACGACUUAAUUAAUAAUCAGAAUUUUUAUAAUAAAACAAUAAUUAAUGUACAUGUUUUAAAAAGGAAACUUUUACAAAAAUACUCCAUUUAUGCAGGAUCUCAUUAUUUUUUAGAGCUUUUUAAUUAUUAUAAUUAUAAUAUAACAAAACAAGAUUAUGAAGAAUAUGGGGAAAAUAUUUUAGCCAAAUUUAGUUUACAAGGAAAAUUAUUAUAUUAA